UUUUAUUCUCUCAACUAAAAAAGGAAACCUUUCCUCAAAAUAAAUCAAGCUUUAAAUCUCUCAUUUUACUACCCAAAAACAGAGAACGAAACCUUUUCCCAUGAGAUGAGAACGCAUUUGCUAAAACUGAUACUUGCAGUAUCUCUACCAACUACAUUCUUGAUCGGAAUCUCCAUCGUCUUAAUCUUCAUCCUCUGCAGAAGAAGAAGAAGAACAACAACAGAGUCCAAUGAACUCCAAUACGACGCUGAAUCUCCUUACGAGAAACAAGACUUCUCCGGGUCAGAAACAGAGGAGGAGGAGGAGGAGCUUGUCAUCUUCGAAGGAGGAGAAGAUCUCACCAUCUGCGACAUCCUCGAAGCUCCCGGAGAAGUCAUCGGCAAAUCAAGCUACGGAACACUAUACAAAGCGAGUUUGCAGCGAAGUGGGAAAGUCAGAGUUCUUAGGUUCCUUCGACCUUUAUGUGCAGUGAGAUCGGAUCCGGAGGAGUUUGAUGGCGUCAUCGAGUCGCUUGGAUUUGUCAGACAUGAUAACUUGGUUCCUCUGUUAGGUUUCUACGUUGGAAACAGAGGAGAGAAGCUUAUGAUUCAUCCCUUCUUCGCCUCCGGGAAUCUCUCCGAGUUCAUUAGAUUUUUGGCAGGUGGAGAACUUGAAUCACACAAAUGGAGCAACAUCUUGAGCAUCACCACUGGAAUAGCCAAAGCUCUUGACCAUCUCCACACAGGAAUGCAGAAACCUAUCGUUCACGGGAACCUCAAGUCCAAAAACGUUCUCUUGGACCAGAGUUUUAGGCCAAGAGUCUCUGAUUUCGGCUUGCAUUUGCUCUUGAAUCUUGCGGCUGGGCAAGAGAUACUAGAGGCUUCAGCUGGAGAAGGGUAUAAAGCGCCUGAGUUGAUUAAGAUGAAGGAAGUGAGCAAGGAGAGCGAUGUUUACAGUUUCGGUGUGAUCAUGCUUGAGUUGGUUUCGAGUAAACUGCCAACGAACAAGAGUUCAACUACUAGUUCUGUUCUUGACCAUGAGAAAUUAUUGGAUUUGUGCCGUUCUGAGAUUCUUGGCAGAUGUGGUGAGGAAGAUGUGACCAAAGAGUAUGUUCUUGAAUACAUUGAGCUGGCGAUGUCUUGUUGCUCUCCAUCGCCUUCUAUUAGACCGAGCUUCAAGCAAGUGUUGAGGAAACUUGAAGAGAUCAAGAAAUGAUGCCUAGUAGCAAACUGACUAAUCUGCGGUACAAACAAGCCAAGAGAAAGUUUUGAAUCUUUCAAUCAUUCAGAUACUUUCACCAUCGAUAACAGCGUAGAGCAGAUGAUUCAGGGGA